AUGAGCUCAACUGUUGUUGAGACCAUCAUCAAGCCUACUAAGGCGAACAUCGGAGUCUUCACGAACCCCGCUCACAAGCUAUGGAUCGAGGAAACUGGACCAACGGUGGAGGACGUGCAGAAGGGAGAAAGCUUGAAGCCUGGUGAGGUCACUGUUGCUAUUAAGAGCACUGGAAUAUGCGGCUCCGAUGUUCAUUUCUGGCAUGCCGGUUGCAUCGGACCUAUGAUCGUGGAAGGGGAUCAUAUCCUAGGACAUGAGUCGGCAGGACAGGUCAUCGCCGUACACCCAUCCGUGACACACCUAAAGGUUGGAGACCGAGUCGCGAUAGAGCCAAACAUUAUAUGCAACGCAUGCGAGCCUUGCCUGACUGGCCGAUACAACGGUUGCGAGAAAGUCGAAUUCCUGUCGACCCCACCUGUCCCCGGUCUGUUGAGAAGAUACGUGAAUCAUCUGGCUAUCUGGUGUCACAAGAUCGGAGACAUGUCAUACGAGAACGGAGCUCUAUUAGAGCCCCUGAGUGUUGCCCUAGCGGGUAUCCAGAGAUGCGGAGUCAAACUUGGUGAUCCGGUACUUGUCUGCGGCGCUGGACCGAUCGGAUUAAUCACAUUACUCUGCUGCAAGGCUGCCGGUGCUUGUCCCUUGGUCGUCACCGACAUUGAUGAAGGACGACUCAAGUUCGCCAAGGAGCUCGUCCCAUCGGUCAUAACACACAAGGUAGAACGGUUAAGCGCUGAGGAAUCGGCGAAGAAGAUAGUGGAGUCCUUUGGUGGCAUCGAGCCAGCAAUCGCUUUAGAGUGUACCGGAGUUGAGAGCAGCGUCGCGGCCUCUGUCUGGGCCCUCAAGUUCGGAGGCAAGGUAUUCGUAAUCGGCGUGGGAAAGAACGAGAUCAACUUCCCUUUCAUGCGAGCUAGCACACGAGAAAUCGACGUGCAAUUCCAAUACCGAUACAGCAACACAUGGCCUCGAGCUAUUCGACUCGUCGAGAACGGCGUGGUAGACCUCGAGAAGCUUGUCACUCAUCGAUUUAAGCUUGAAGAUGCCCUCGAGGCUUUUAACACGGCAGCGGAUCCCAAAACUGGCGCCAUCAAAGUACCUAAUGUACAGAAGUCGCCUUCAAAAGAUUUUGCCAUAGGGAAACCCCUGGUCACAAUGUCGUCCGGUCUCGCACGUCCCAUGCUUCGGCAAUCGGGAGCUUGGAGUCGCAUGGCGGCCCGAAGAUUCGAGUCGACCUCGACGCAGAAGGCGACCGAGACCGCCAAGGAGUCCGCAGCGAAGGCACAGCAGGGUCUUUCGAGGGUUGCCUCAUCGGCCGGACCGGCUAUCGCAGCUGCGACCAAGGGAUUAUCGAAGUCGUUGGGUAACGUUGGUGGACGUACGGGAAAACUAGUUGCCCUCGUUGAGAAGCAAACCCCCACCGUCGUCUACUACUCGAAGGUCGUAUCAGAGCUCGCCAAGAUCAUCUUCCACGGCCAGAAGAUGUCACCACCGUCUCUCGUUACGGUCCAGAGCUACUGGCAGAACGUGUUGAAGUCCGUCCAGAACCCGAACGCGCUGCUCCAGACGGCCAACAAGUUCGCGCAGUCACCAGCCGCCCUCAUGCAGCAAGCGAGAAACGUCAGCAAAACCCAGCUUGCAGUCGGCGGCGUCCUACUCGCUGAAUGCCUCGGCUUCUUCACCGUCGGCGAGAUGAUCGGUCGCUUCAAGAUAAUCGGAUACCACGGCGACUCCCACGCCGCCCACCACUAA